AUUUUGCUGCUGCGUCAAAUUGGUGUUGGGCAUGUGCAAACAAGUCACCCCCGGAAAAGGACUGAAUCGUCUAUCUAUCCACAAUGACCAUACCAUAACUGAUAACUGGUAACAAUAACAAGCCAAACCCAUUUUCGCUUUGGUUUUAAUUGAACCGAACCGGGUGGGUUGACGCCGCUGUUCGGAAAUCAGAAAGCUGAAUGCGAGUGAUUGGGUUCCCAAAUGGCUACGAACCCUUCGCUUCUUCCUGAGAUCGGACCCGACGGUCUUCCUAAAGAAGCUCCCGUUAUCAGUUACACCGAGAAGAUCAUCGAAGCGGAACAGCUUCAAUUGCAGAAAUACAUUCAAGAAAACUAUUCCAAAAUUCGUGAUGUGGAGCGUGAGCUUGCAAAUCUUACACUGGAGAUGAAGCUUACAGCUGGGCCAAAAAAAGCAGCACUUGAACUUUUGAGAAAGAAAAUAGAGACAUCAACCGAGAGAAUCCGUGUGGCCAAGCUAAAGGAAGAACAGGCACGGAAGGUGUGGGAAUCAGCAUCAAAAGUAGUGAGGGAUGAGGAAGCAAUGAAGCAAAAGCUAUGUGAAGAUUUGAGCAAUCUGGUUCAAGAAAGCAGUAACUCUCAGUUUGCUCGGCUUGAAGAAUUAAAAAGAAGAUUGGAAGCUUUGAAUCCAAGUCGUGCAUCAACUAAUCCUUAUCAUGAUGGGAGAUCGGGCAGCUCUUCUCAGGAUAGUACACCCCAACAUGGUUCCUCAGCUCCCAAUGCUACGGAAUCAAGUGGGGGAUCAGCCGAGAGUGUUCCCAACCAAGGUAAUGGUCAGAGAGUUGUGUCAACAAAUGGGCCUUAUGAGCAGCCUCAUAGCGAAGGAGAAGGAAGAAGUAAAAAGAAAGUUAACUUCCAAUUGAAAGGAAAGGGAAUCGGUGCUGUGCCCAAGGGUAGAUCUUCAACUCCUGGCUGGACUGGUGCUGGCUUUGAUGUAGAUGCCAGAACCUGAGAAUCUAUAAUAAGAUAUUACUGCACUGAAUUCAUUUUGGGUGAGAAUAUGUACUUUUUGUACAAGGGAUAUCCUUCGGUCCUCUGUUCUUGUUACCCAUUAACUUGGAAAUGUAGUCUUCUUCCCUCAAUUCAAUUGUAUUAUUUCCGGGAUAGUUGGUUGACACAAAGGAAUAACCUGACUUGUGUUGAAUAGCACGCAAACUUGUGAAUGCCUUCAGUUACUUUCAGGCAAGAACAAAUCAAUAUGUGGAGAUAGAAUAGCCCUUCUGAUUAUGCAAGUUGUCAUUCUCUUUUGAUUUAUUUGUUUUGAACUUAUAUAAUAGUUCUACCAUUUUCCU